GCACUAGAAGAAGAAGAAAAAUCGAAACAAUUGACAGCGCCAGCGAGAAGAAAAGUCGCGUCAAAUAUUUAAUUAUUCUUUACAUUUACCUAAAAUUCCGGCACAAAAAGCAUUUCUAAACAAACAAAUAACGAUUUGGCUAACGCACUGAUUGAAAAUUGUGUAAAAACAGCUUAAAACUGGAGCAACGGAAAAAGCAAAAAAAAACUGAAGAAGCAGCUCUUGAAAGCAGAAACGAAAAAAUUGCGAAGGCGACGAGUAGGAAAAAGUUUCGUUUUCCCUUUUGCGUUGCUCUUGCUGUUGCGUUUUCCGCCAGCCGAAAAGAAAUCAUUCGCAACAAUUUGGGCAAUAUAUCCUCGCAAACCAUUUUAAGUUAGCCCACAACGUGCUUAUUUGAUUAACCGUGGAAUAGUGUGAUAUCCAACUUAACGGUAUUGAAUUUGCUUGAGUGCUUUUGGAACGCGAAUCUAUAAAGGGGAGAGCGACGAUAUUCACUCGUUUCAUCUACUGCUGCAAAUCAAUCUGUCAAAGCCUAUAUCUCCAUUGAACAUUCGCUCAUACAAUUAAAAGGCGUUAUUCCAUACCCGGAGACCCUUAAGGAAACUGAGGCAAUCAAAAUUUUUUCUUUUGGAUUGCGUUCCAUUGACGUCCGAUCGUUAGAUUAACUAUCUUUACUUGCGAUCAAUUUCAUUCCAAAACAGCACCAAAUGCAACAUCAAAACUGGCUUGUACUAAGAAGUAAGCCCAUAUAACUAGUAAAUACGUACUGCGCGUCUUAGACCAACUUUAAAUUAGUCAGCCUCAACUCGUACUUCACAUAAAUUUACUGUGAAGUUCAUCCAUAACUUAACAAUUUCGGUUCUAGUGGACUAUGUCUGAGCAUUUGAGUCGGCGAGUACAAAAGCACACAUAGCCAUGGCUGCGACGAGAAAGUUGCAAGGUGAAAUAGACAGAUGUCUGAAAAAAGUUGCGGAAGGAGUGGAAACGUUUGAGGAUAUAUGGAAAAAAGUGCAUAAUGCUACCAACAGUAAUCAGAAGGAGAAAUAUGAAGCAGACCUUAAAAAGGAAAUUAAGAAGCUACAAAGGCUUCGCGAUCAAAUUAAAUCGUGGAUUGCAUCCGGAGAGAUUAAAGAUAAAAGUCAGCUGUUGGAGAACAGGCGUCUUAUUGAAACGCAAAUGGAGCGUUUCAAGAUCGUAGAACGCGAAACAAAAACAAAAGCAUAUUCGAAAGAAGGCCUUGGUGCCGCACAAAAAAUGGAUCCAGCUCAACGCAUUAAGGAUGAGACACGUAAUUGGUUAACAUCUUCAAUUAGUUCGUUGCAAUUACAAAUAGAUCAAUACGAAAGUGAGAUUGAAUCGUUAUUAGCGGCUAAAAAGAAACGCCUCGAUCGCGAUAAACAGGAUCGAAUGGAUGAAUUUCGUGUUAAAUUGGACCGUAAUAAAUUCCAUGUUAUGAAACUAGAAACACUGUUGAGAUUGCUCGAUAAUGAUGGCGUUGAAGCGGAACAGGUAAAUAAGAUCAAGGAUGAUGUUGAAUAUUAUAUUGAGUCCUCACAAGAGCCGAAUUUCGAAGAGAAUGAAUUUCUUUACGAUGACAUUAUUGGCCUGGACGAUGUUGAAUUAUCUGGCACAGGUGUUUCACUUGGUAUUCCAUCAUCAGCCACUACAGACAGCAACAACAGCAAUGAGACGAGCGGUUCGCCGAGCAGCAUAACAUCGGGUGGCAGUCCUGUGCAAUCGCCACCGCCUACAGUGGGCCAACAGCAGCAACAGACACAACAACAGUCUGCGACCGCAGCGCCGGCGGCAGGAACUGCGGCGCUGACAGCUACAAGUAAUGCGUCGGCGGCGGUGCAACAACAACAACAGCCAAGUAAUAUCAGCAACAGCAACAGCAUGAACUACGCAGCUGAAGCAGCAGCGGCGACGGCAACAACCGGCAGCACAGACACGACGGCCAGCGAUAAGAGGAACAAAAACGACAGCAAUUCUAAUAGCAAAACAAAACAACCUGUUAAGCCAACGGCCGUGCGUGCAGCGAACAGCAGCGGAAAACCUGGUGGCUCGACAACAGAAACGUCUUCAAACAAAGCUGUAAGUUCGACGCCUAAUAAGAAUCAACAACAGCAGCAGCAACCGACGGCCGCGGCAGUGGUCGCAGCAGCCAUGGCAGGACAAGCAGCGCCAACAUCAACUGCAGCCACAGUUAAUAGCUUAGGUAGUGGCGCGCCUACUAUGGCAGCCACCGUCGCAGCAGCGGCCGCAUUGGCCGCAGGUCACAGUCCUGCAUUGCAACAGCAUGCGCCGGCGCCUAGUUUGAAUGCCACAAAUAUAACGACAGCAGCAGGCGGAGCGACAACGGUAGCCGCCGCAGUUGCGUCUAACAAUGGUAGCAGCAACAGUAACAACAUUCAAGGCCAAUCUGUGAUUCAAGCAACGCCAACGAUUGCAUUUGCGGCUGUGGCGAAAAAUAAUACAUCACAUCUGGAAAAUGGACCUGUGCAUCCGGCGACAUCGUAUGCGAUGGCGGCUCCAACGGUAGCGUCUAUCGUUGGGUCCAAUGCACAGCAUCAGCAACAACAACAACAACAGUUGUCCAAUCUUCAAACGAAUUCCUCACAUUUGCAAAACGCGCAUAGCAACACUUCCAACAACAACACAUCCAAUAGUUUAGCGAACGCGGUUCAGCAAGGAAGCGCAGCUGUCGCUGCAGCAGCCGCUUCCGCCGCCGCCGCCGCUGGUGUAGUGGUAAAUAACGUCGGCAGCAAUAAUCUGGCAAAUUGCAUUUCUCCGAAUGGCCUCUCACAAGUAAUUGGAACACAGCAACAACAGCAACAGCAAGUUAUUGGUGUGGCAAACAAUAGCACACGCGCCUCACCGGGCCUGCUUUCACCGAAGCAUAUGAAUGGCUUGCCUGUAUCCGCAGCCAACAUUAAUAACAACAAUAAUAACGCUGUGGAUGCAAUUUCAUUAAAGACGAUGGCUCAGGAAGCCAUUAACCGAUCGGUAAUCGAUACAAAUUCAUUGACGCAAGGACCUGGUCAACACAUUGACAACAGGCAGCAACAACAGCAAUCACAACAGGUCUUGCAGCAUUUCUCAAACGAUACAACUGCCAACCAGCAACAACAACAACAGGCGGGGGGCUUGGCUGCAGCAGCAGUUGCCUUUGCUGCAGCAGCCGCAGCAACCAAUGGACCGACAACAGCGGGCUCGGGCCCAGUUGGUAGUGCAGUGCCUAGUGGACUGCCGGGCUUGGCGAAUACAGCCGUAGGACAGUCGGGAUCUAGUAAUAGCGCUGUUAAUGCGCCAGUGGGCAGCAAAACACACCAACAACAGCAACAACAACAACAUCCUACAAAUGAAGCUCAUAUAACGCCAUUAUUGGGCGUAGCUCCACUUGGCACAUUGCCCUUACAUAAAGAUCAUCAAUUGCAAUUCAAAAUGAUGGAAGCCGCAUACUAUCAUCUCCCAACCCCAGCUGAUUCGGAGAGAUUAAAUAUAUACCUGCCGCGAACACCAGUGCCGACACCAUUGCACUAUCCUCAGCAACAACUUCCACUAUACGAUACCGUUGAAUUUUAUCAACGUCUCUCAACCGAAACGCUCUUCUUUGUUUUCUAUUAUAUGGAAGGUUCGAAGGCGCAAUAUUUAGCAGCGAAAGCAUUGAAAAAGCAAAGCUGGCGAUUUCACACAAAGUACAUGAUGUGGUUCCAAAGGCAUGAGGAACCAAAAAUUAUUAACGAUGAUUACGAACAGGGUACGUACAUCUACUUUGAUUACGAGAAAUGGAGUCAACGCAAAAAGGAGGGAUUCACUUUUGAAUACAAGUACUUAGAGGACAAGGAGUUGAAUUGAUUGCUGUGCGUAGCAGCAAGUGUAAAAAGAACUUUUGUUAUAAAAAAUGUUUGAAUAACUUCUAAGCUACAUAAGCCAACAGCAGCAACUACAACAACAUCAUCAUUACCACCUCUUACAACAGCGCAGCAAGCAAGAAUGAAAACUAAAAGAACAAUCAUCAGCUGAAGUACUACGUUUGCAUUCACUGUUCAAGUUUUUCCACAUGUUGUUCCUUUUUAAAUUUGCUAUGUUAAUUU